AUGGCUACUCACGCUGGAACAGUGAAGGACGCAGGGGAUGAAUAUCUCGCCACUCCCGCCCCCGCAGCAGCAGCGGCAGCGGCCCAAAAUCCCCGCGCCCAGGCCCAUCCCUACAUCCACCGCCACGAAGUCGACGCACACCUUGCAGCCAUACGCGCCGGUGCGCCGGUGCCCCCAGUCCGCUGCACCGCAGCAUCGAUAAAGCGCAGCAUGUGGAGGCGCGAGGGGCGAGUAUCAUCUCUGGUAUCCACCAUCUAA